AUGGUAAAGCCUGGAUCCCAGCCCCUACUGCCAUCCCUGUCCACCCUCCCAGCACCACAUGGUAAAGCCUGGAUCCCAGCCCCUACUGCCAUCCCUGUCGACCCUCCCAGCACCAUAUGCCUGGAUCCCAGCCCCUACUGCCAUCCCUGUCGACCCUCCCAGCACCACAUGGCUCCUCCUGGUCUAAAGAAGAACUUGUUGAGGACCUAUGAGACGUGGAGCCCAGAGCAGAUCAGUAAAGGUGGUCUGCUGUCCAGAGCCCAGUCCCUCUUCUGCCUCGCAUGGUUCCACGCUGUCUGCCAGGAGAGACGUAACUACAUCCCCCAGGUACCCCAGCACUUUGUAAACUACAUCCCCCAGGUACCCCAGCACUUUGUAAACUACAUCCCCCAGGUACCCCAGCACUUUGUAAACUACAUCCCACAGGUACCCCAGCACUUUGUAAACUACAUCCCCCAGGUACCCCAGCACUUUGUAAACUACAUCCCCCAGGUACCCCAGCACUUUAUGAAUUACAUCCUCCAGGUACCCCAACACUUUAUAAACUACAUCCCACAGGUACCCCAGCACUUUAUAAACUACACCCCACAGGUACCCCAGCACUUUAUAAACUACAUCCUCCAGGUACCCCAGCACUUUAUAAACUACAUCCCACAGGUACCCCAGCACUUUAUGAAUUACAUCCCACAGGUACCCCAGCACUUUAUGAAUUACAUCCCACAGGUACCCCAGCACUUUGUAAACUACAUCCUCCAGGUACCCCAGCACUUUAUAAACUACACCCCACAGGUACCCCAACACUUUAUAAACUACAUCCCACAGGUACCCCAGCACUUUAUAAACCUCAUCCUCCAGGUACCCCAGUACUUUAUAAACUACAUCCUCCAGGUGUACCAGCACUUUAUAAACUACAUCCCCCAGGUACCCCAGCACUUUAUAAACCUCAUCCUCCAGGUACCCCAGUACUUUAUAAACUACAUCCCCCAGGUACCCCAGCACUUUAUAAACUACAUCCCCCAGGUACCCCAGCACUUUAUAAACUACAUCCUCCAUGUACCCCAGCACUUUAUAAACUACAUCCCCCAGAAACUACAUCCUCCAGGUACCCCAGCACCUUAUAAACUACAUCCUCUAGGAACCCCAGCAGUUUAUAAACUACAUCCCCCAGGUACCCCCCAUCAUUUUAUAAACUACAUCAUCCAUGAACCCCGUCACUUUAUAAACUACAUCCCCCAGGGAUGGACUAAAUUCUAUGAGUUCUCUCUGUCUGAUCUGCGGGCUGGCUUUGAGAUCAUCGACCGUCUGUUUGAUGGUGGUAAGGUGUUCCAGUGGGAGUUUGUCCAUGGUCUGUUGGAGAAUGCCAUCUAUGGCGGCAGGAUAGACAACCCAUGUGACCUGAGGAUCCUCCGCUCCUACCUGGAGCAGUUCUUCUCCUCACGCCUCCUCUCUGCCUCAGCCAAUCACAACCAAUGCAGCAAGAGAGGCCACGCCUUCCCCUCUCAGAUCAGCCUGCCCAACUCCUGCUCCAUACUGGACUAUCGUGGUGUGAUAGAGAAUCUUCCAGAAGACGACCGGCCAGCGUUUUUCGGCCUGCCUGCCAACAUCGAACGCUCCUCGCAGAGAAUCAUCAGUUCUCAGGUGAUCUCCCAGCUGAGGAUUCUGAGCCGCUCGGUAGCAGCAGGAUCAAAGUUUGACAGAGAGAUCUGGUCCAAUGGCCUCUCUCCUGUCCUCAACCUAUGGAAGAAACUCAACCAGGGCUCAUCUCUCAUCCAUCAAAAAGUUGCCCCACCGACUGAAGGUCAGGGGUCACCUGUCUUGUCCUUCAUUGUUCUGGAACAGUUCAAUGCUAUCCGAUUGGUCCAGGGCAUCCACCAAUCCCUGGCUGCGCUGAGUAAGGUGAUCCGAGGGACUUCGCUGCUCACUGCUGACGUCCACAAACUGGCCACUGCUCUACUCAACCAGGAGUGUCCGCUGAGCUGGCAGAAUAAGUGGGAGGGACCAGAGGAACCCAUGCAGUACCUGAGGGCUGUGGUGGCACGCGCUCUUGCUAUACAGAGUUGGGUGGAGCGUGCAGAAAGACAGGUUCUACUGUCUGAUGCUGUUGAUCUGUCUGAACUCUUCCACCCUGAUACCUUCCUCAACGCCCUGCGACAGGAGACGGCCAGGUCUAUGGGCUGUUCCAUGGACAGUCUGAAGUUUGUGGCAUCAUGGAAGAGUCCCAUAGCAGAGGCUCAACUCCAAGUCAAGGUGUGUGGUCUGCAGUUGGAGGGCUGUAGUUUUGAUGGGGCUCGUCUGUCUGAGAACCGGCAUGACUCCCCCAGUGUGUCAGCUGUACCUGCCUGCUACAUGGCCUGGAUAGUACAGUGUCCCAGUGGCAGCUACGGUCCUGAGGAGGUCAUCUCUCUGCCUGUGUACACCAGCUCUGAGCGGGUCAGCGUGGUGACUCACGUCACGCUGCCUUGUGGAGGAAACCCUGACCAGUGGAUUCAGAAUGGAGCUGCCCUCUUCCUCAAACAGCAGUGAGACAGCCGGGCCAGGGAGCUAGAAGAGGGGGCUGGUGUUGGACUGGAGGAGCACAGAGGGGUGACAUGUUUCUCAGGAAGGUUAUCGGGCUUCACUACAGGUGUUUGUUGUUUUUUUAAAGCGACGAUAGUCUGCAAUUCAAUGUGAAAUGGCACAUGCUGGUUCUUGACUAUGUUUGAAAAGCAUCGAUUAUUUUAAUGUUGUGUUUUGCAUGUUGAUGGUUUAAUGUUUACUCUUUAGUAUCAUCAUAGUCUGUUUGAAUGUAUUAUUACGAUAAUAAAGCUUUAUUUACUCUACA